AGCUGUUUUUAAUCCUUCUAGGAUGGAACAUGGGAAUUGGAUCUUAGAUUUGAAAUGAACAAAUACAUUGAUGUGAUUCUAAAAGAAAUAUUAGAGAAUGCUGGUAAUCGCUACAUUGUACUAUCUUGUUUCCAUCCAGAUAUUUGUACCAUGGUAAGACUGAAACAGAACAAGUACCCAUUGUUGUUUUUGACACAAGGGGAGACAGACAAAUACCCACCUUACUUGGAUACCAGAACCUCAAAUAUACCAAUGGCUACAUAUUUUGCCCUGAACACUGGUCUUUUAGGUAUUGAUGUCCAUGCUGAAGAUCUGAUGAGAGACCCAUCACACAUACCGUUUGUAAAAGAUCGAAAUCUUAUUCUGUUUUGUUGGGGAGAAGAUAUCAAUAAUGGUGAUGUCAUAAGAAAAUUUAAAGAACAAGGCGUUGAUGGAGUUAUUUACGAUAAGGUUGAUGAAUUCACUACAAGUCAUGAAAAUAUUUUUCUUAUGGAAACUAAAGCUCGAAUGGGAUUUCUCGAAUUAGUUGGUUGCACUGAGAAUAUGAGCACCUGGUCAUCAAACUCUACUAACUAAUUUAUUUGCAUUUUUUGUUUGUUUAAUUGUUGAAACAAAG